AAAAAAAAAAAAAAACUGAGAAAAAACUACUACCUAAACUGCACACCUCAUGUUUGUUGCCCGGGAGCGGAGAGCAUCUCCGAAUCGAAGCAUUUGCCCCGACCAGACGACCGAGUUCUUGGCACCAAUUUCUCUAACUCCACCCGCCUUCCGUCUUACGUACUUACAUGCAGGGGAGCAUCCAGCUCGGCGACGUCCCGGAAGGGAGCGCCGGCGGUAAUAAUAAUAAGAAGGGCCGUCUGCCGUACAGCCAAUUUCCCAUCACCGAGUUCACCCUGUCCGGAAGCGAGUGGUACCUCCACAAUUUGGCGCCUCCGCCUGGGUUCCGGUCGCGGAGUCGGCGAGGGGUGCCGGGGGUGCGGAGACGGGGAAGGGGAGAUGCUUACGACAGGACGCCGAGUAUAACGACAGCGAGAGUUAUGGGAGGGGUGUAAAGUAUGCUUUCGGAGGGGGGGGAACAAGGCAUGGGGGGUUCUACAUCUGAUCUCGCAAGACUGGACGGUUUCCACGCAGCUUGAUGCCCGGCCCUUGAGCCAAUGAUACCAGUUCCGUACACGUCUACAUAGAUUCUAAGAGAACCACGAA